CCGAAACACUCUCCGAAGAAGGAACGACGUUCAGAGGAGCAUCGUUCUUUGAGGCGGUUAUCGUCAACACUGUUCUCGUAAUAUUUUCGAGUUGCUACCGCUUCUUACUGAGGUUCGCCUUCUUUUGGCUGCUUGGUAAGGAAAAUGCUGGUAAGAUUUGUUAAGCCACUGAGCUCGUGCCAGAGAAGCUGAGGAACCGACUAGCUGCAUACUUAUAUUGAAUACUAAGAAUAAGUGUAAGUAUUUUAUUGAGUCUACCAAAAGCAAAACGAGUUUAAAAGCAGGAGCGAAGGCUCACCAUCACACUCAAUCUCAAGCAAGAAGGUGGGGAAAUGUUCGCCGUCGCUGGUCGCAAUGCUGUGCGUCGCGCAUGGACCGCUACAACAGGCGGCGCGAGUUCAUUCGGUUCCGCAGUGGGCUCGGGUGGUGCUUCAAGUAGCAGCAGCAGUAGCACAGGAUCGCGAACGCAGGAAAUAAUAGGACACGCCGGGGUGCGGCUUGUUGCGUUUGGGUGGGGAUUUUUCAUAGCGGAAAACCUGAUUUUGUCCGAAAACAGAACGCGAAUCAUAAAUCGGAUCGGGGAUGCAGGCUAUCACUUUCUCUACAACACGUGCUCAACGCUAAGUUUGGGAUGCAUAGCAUGGGGCUAUCUAAACCACGGAAGGAGGCAGGGGCCACUGCUUUGGAAGGUGUAUAACUUGUGCUACUUGAUGUUCGCAAUCUUACUUACAACACGGCUUUGAUUCAGAUUUCAUUCGUCAGACUUACCUUUCUUUCAGGGCUUCGCGCUUUUAGUUUAGCCUUAAUCCAACCUCGUCAAACCUCUUUGUCUUAGGUCACGCCAGGGAUGCGAGGAGCCAGUAUCGGAUUUUCGUUGCUAGGCGCGUUAGGAUUCGCACAGCUUCUCCCCACGCUUAGAAGCCCAGCGUCUUUCGUUAGUGCGUUGUCCGACGCCUCGGCGUCCAGGAAAAGUACUUACUUGUGGCUAUCUCGCUGUCGUCAUUCGCCACUAGAACAUGUCAUUCUUACUUAUACUAACUUGGAAAGUCAUAUGUGAACAUGAAGCAGACCAUGGAUGAGAUUGGUUUUAGUUUCAUCUUAAUCUUUACAAAAUUAUUACGGGGCAGAAACAUGACAUUAAUGAUCUACUAUUUCAACAUACUCUUUUGACCAGAUCUAUGUCCGAUGGAUUUCGAAGCGGAACGACGGUCAUCAACCAUUACCACACCACACGGAAUCAAACGCAUUACGCGACACGGGUCCUUGUGGUCAUUUGCAGCACUCUCCGUCGGCUGUGCGCUUAGAACGCCCUUUGCGACGGAGGUAGCACUGUUUCUAGGACCAGUGCCGACAGUUCUCUGUCUCGGCUGGCAUAUGGACUCACGAUUUCGGAGGCAGAUGGGCGGCGAUAUUCUAGAGCAUCACGGCGCAGAUUGGCCCUUCACAAGCCACCUGCCAUUCGGAGCACUUAUCGGAGGCGCGCAGGAGUGGGCUCCACUCCUCGAAGAGUGGAAAAAGACCAACGCGGCCGUCGCCGCAACCUCUGUCGCGUUGUAUGCGCUCGCACACUUUCGGAAAUAAUUUUUUGAGCAACCACACACCAGUGAACAACAUCACGUUCUUUUUCUGUAUUCCUCCCCGAACGCAUUUUUUGUGUUAUUCAUUGCUAGGCGUCACCAUCGGGUGACGGCCGAAGCAUCCAAUUCUAUGUAUCCUAUCUAAGCGCAGCGACUUUCAUUGUCCUCCCCUCCUCUUGAAGAGUCAGGAUUAACGAUAGUUGGACGCUGCACUACUCGAGGAUAUACCAAAAUGAGGAAGAUGCAGUCUGCCUUACUGCUGCCAG